GUUUUUAUUCACAAUCCUCAUGGACGUGGACAGCACACGAAUGCAAACCGCUUAGCGCUAAGUAACCAGGAUGCUGAUAUUUCUUUGCUGAACAUCAAUGAAGCUGUCAGUUGUUUGACUGCAGGGAUGUUGAACCCUGAUCUUGGCUGUGAUUCCCUCCUAGUGGGCACACGGACCAGUUUGUUGGCAUACGACGUACACAACAAUGCUGAUUUGUUUUAUGCUGGGGUUCCCGAUGGAGCAAAUUCUAUAGCCGUAGGAACGUUGGGAGACAUUUCCUGCCCCUUAGCAAUUAUUGGCGGAAACUGUUCCCUGCAGGGCUUUAAUUAUGAAGGAAAAGAUCUGUUCUGGACGGUCACUGGUGACAAUGUUCGUGCUCUCGCCUUCUGUGACUUUGACGGUGACGGGAAAAAAGAGCUUAUUGUUGGAUCUGAGGACUUUGAUAUUAGGGUUUUUAAAGAAGAUGAGAUUGUGGCGGAAAUGUCUGAGACUGAGAUCGUCACGGCCCUAACCGCGAUGAGCCCCGCUCGCUUCGGCUAUGCGCUGGCUAAUGGCACGGUGGGCAUUUACAACCAGGCCGCGCGCUACUGGAGAAUUAAAUCUAAAAAUCAGGCGAUGUGCAUCAGUGCCUUUGACAUUAAUUCCGACGGCGUCUGCGAAUUGAUAACUGGCUGGUCCAGCGGGAAGAUCGACGCACGCAGCGAUCGAACCGGAGAAGUCAUUUUCAAGGACAACUUUGCUUCUUCCAUUGCGGGAAUUGUGCAGGGAGAUUACAGGAUGGAUGGGAGUACACAGCUGAUCUGCUGCUCAGUUGACGGUGAAG